AUGGCAAAGAAAGGAAAGAAGAAAGCCCUGGAUCCCGAGGCAGCAGCCCGGCAAGCAGCUGCAGAAGCUGAAGAAAAGAAACGGAUCGAAAUGAUCAAGGAAGCAAUGAGGCUGCGUGCCAAUUGCGAGCGCGAGGAGAAUCAUUUUCAUCAGUUCCUAAUGGAACGAGAGAAGAUCAACUACUUCUGGAUCGUGGAAAAGAAAACACUCACAGAGAAGCAGGCAGACCUGCGCAACAAGCAGCGAGAGCUGCAAGACCUAGAAGAAAGACAACAAAUUGAGUUGAAGAUGUUUCAACAGCGCCUGAAGCACUUGAGAUACCAUCAGCAAGAUGAGGUGGUCGAGCUCAAGACUGACGCAGAGUUGGGCCUGAAGCUCCAAGAAGACCACCAUAGAAUAACAGAGGCGGAGAUCAAGAAGGAUCAACGUGCCUUGAAGAUGGAGAAAAAGGAAGCAGAAGUGGCCCAGCAGGAUUUUACCCGCAUGCUGAAGUUAGAGCAGGAUCAAAAGAUUCUCGAGCUGCGACACGAGUUCGAUAGAAAAGCUCGAGACAUGCAGCAGAAGUAUGAGCUGAGAAUGAAAGAAAUCCGAGAGGAAAUGGAAAAGCAGCGAAAAAAGCAGAUUCAGCAGAUAGAGGAGUCCAAGAACACCCAGAUUGAGGGGGUCAUGAAGAAGAACCAGCAGGACUUCACGGAGAUCAAGGUCUACUACCAAGAGAUCACAGUCUCCAACUUUGACUCCAUCAAGCGUUUAAAAGAGGACUACGCAGACAUCAAGAAAACUGAGAACGAUGACGCGAAAAAGAUGUAUGAUUUGGAGCAGAGAAACAAGCAGCUAAAAGAGCCAAUGAAGAAAGCAAAGCAGGAUGUAGAGCGACUCGAACAAGAAAAAGAAGCCUACAAAGAGGACAAGAAAAGGCUAGCUCAAGUGAAAGAGAAGAUCAAGCAGUCCGAGACGCUGCUGAAGCGGAUGGAAUUUCAACAUGAGGUGCUCCAGCAGCAGUUGGCACACGUGACCUCAGAGCGGGAGGAUCUCUACACAAAGUUCCAGCAAGCCAUUUAUGAUGUGCAGCAGAAGAGCGGAUUGAAGAAUUUGAUCCUGGAAAAGAAGAUUGAUACUGUGGAAGAGGUGAUUGCCUACAAAGACGAUAUUGUUGGGCAGCUUCAGGUCAAGACCUACGAGUCAAAGUUGGCAGAGUACGGCAUCCCGCCAGAGGUCGCUGAAGAGCAUUAUGGCCUGCUACACAUGGAGACUUUGCUUGUUGCUUUGGAUCUUUGGAGUGAAUGGAGAAGGUUGGGUUUUUAUCUUAGCAGCUCCAUAAAACGCUGGACCACUUGCAUCGACGGCUUCCUCAGUCUCUUCGAGGUGAUCCGAGCUUUACAGAUGCAGCUGCAUGCACUGGGAGUUGCACGGGUUUCCAUUGCCAAAGUUGUUCGAUAUGGCAUGGUGUCGGCCUGGCUUUCUGCUCGUUUGCAGCACAUUGAAGGUCUGGACAAACACAAGAGGAAGGCUGCAGUAAGCGACACAUGGCAAGAGCUACGGCAUAGUGCAGAGCCAUACCUCCGCUUGACUGCAGAGGAGUGCGAGAAGCUUAAGGACAUCGAUGACCCUUGUCCGAUCUUAUGGCUAUGGGUGGCUCUAUUUUUAGGCAGACUGGCCGCCGAUGGUGACAUACCACCUAUGGCUUCUCCAACAUACGGUCGAAUGGUUAUGUUAGCCAACGAUGCACAGGUUGCACUGAAAGAGGUGCGAAUGUGCGGAGAGGUGAAAAUUCCUUAUCUCUACACCCAUACCCUCUCUGCCGUUGUCCAUUUAAACAAUAUCCUGUGCGCCAUCAGCAUGGGUCUAACACUAGGCGCUUGCAUUGGUGAGUUUCUUACGAUCAUAGAUCCGAGACUGACGCUCUACGGCGAAAAGUCAUAUCCAACCAGUACGGCUUCGCAAGUCGGACAGGUUUUGAUGGUCCAAGCCCUGAAAUGCUUUUGCGCACCACUGCUUUAUCAGGCAUGUCUGGAGAUUUGCUUUUGUCUAUACAGUGCAUUUGGAGGGGAGACAGAUGAAGCUACCAUCCCAGCAGAUCGCAUGGUCCGAGAGUGGACGAAGGAACUGGAUGGUCUUAUGGAUCUGGCUGCCAAGCCACCACAUUGGUCCGCCCCUGUCUUCAAAACUGCUCUUUCACAUGUUCCAGACAUCCAGAGGACUAAAGCAAUGAUGCAAAGCACAAAGAAAGGCAUCCGUGCAUGA